UAGUCUUUGUAAACUGCCUAGACUGCUUGGGCUGCUCGGUGGUAUAGAAAUGUAAUAAAGGAAACGAAAGGUUUUAGAAAGCUAAGGAACUAGAGGUGAAAACACAAGCAUUUACUAGAGCAAAGUUGAACUUAGCAAAAUGAUGGAUCAGAGUCAAGUAAAAUGAAUCAAGAUUUUUUUAACUACAUUUUCAGUUAGAAUUAACUUUCUUAUUGUCAUAAUGCUAUCUAUUCAUUUAUUAUACAAAGGACUUUUUGGUCUCCAGCCCCCCUUCCACAAAUAGCUUUGGCAUGAUACCUUAAGACUAACAAAUUAUAAAUUACUUCUACCUUAAGAAGCGGAAUGAUUUAUGUAGAAACACUCUAGAUGAGCAGUAGCUACUAGAAUAUCUGCCCCAGACUUCAGAAUUCUGUCACAGACCAGUCAAUCACUGUGACUAACCCUGAUGCACAAACAUUUUGUUUACGUCAUAAAGGAAUGCUGAGAAUUUCAGUACAUUUUUCUUUCUGUGUGUGGAUAGGAUUACACCCUUGGAAAGGUAAGUGUUGUUUGAAAAAGACCUGUCUUGCUUCAGGCUUAAAUCCACUGCUAGUCAGUUCAUUGGGUGAUUCCCCCCUCUUCCCUAUCUUGAGAAGCUGCUGUACUCCUCAGACCAUUUGCAAGUGUCAUCAUGUGUGACUGAGAGCAAUCCAGCCAACAUCAUUGUCUUAUUUCAGAAGCCUUGUCCAGCCAAGCCGACAUCAAAUCAUAUUUGACCAUAAUCGAAGAGAAACGAAACUACUACUUGUGUGAGAAGAUACUGUACAAGUCAUAGAAAGUGGAUGCAAAUCAAAAGCAAACAAGCAAAGAUAAGCUCACACACCUCUCAUCACUGUUGGCUUGGAUACAUGCCUGUUCCUUGCCCCAAGAGAAAAGACAAGGUGCAGGCAAACAAGCUAUGGCUUUAUAUAGGUCACCCUAAAUUCUAGAAAGUGCCCAAAGAUGGUGGCAAUGAAGAACAUAAGGGAGUGCAGAACAUUCCCCCCUGCAAAAGCCCCAAAUCUUCAGAAGUGUGUUAUUAUCUCAGGAAUGAGGUAAGCAGUUUGCAGUAGCUGCAAAUGGUUUAUUUUUUUAACCGAGGCUCUUGUUUAAACUACAGAUUUCUCACAGCAGGCCUUCCAAUUAUUGAUCCCAUACAGCUGUUUAUGCAGAUUUUCAAAAAGCUUUUGACAGAUUCCCUUACCAAAAACUCCUGAGCAAACCUAGUAGGCAGUCAUUGUAGGCAACUGGACGGCAGCCUGCAAUCACAAUACGUUUUGGAGGCCCUUAAAGUUUUCUCUUUUAAAAAGAGACUGGUUCCCUGUUUCCCAAGGGCAUUUACUAGGAAAUGUCCCAGUUAAAACAACAGUACUUGUUAAGAAUUUCUGAGUAGGCAGCUGGUUGAGAUUGCUGGGACUUGUAGAACAUUCAUCUGCCUAAAUCUGCAUAGGAUAGACUGGGGACUGUAUGCAAAAUUAGCCUAACUUAACUAACAUUCACCUGAGUGGAUCUGCUCUUACUACCCUGGAUACAACUGUAUAAUUUUCACAAGAUGGCUUAGAGUAUAAAAUUACAACAUUCAAUAUUAAUAAAUUAUAAUGCCAUCUUAAACAAUUUUAAAGUCAACUACUUAAAGUUCCAUGUAAUUCAGUUCAAAUAUGUAGCAGCAGCAACUAGAAUAAAAUGCUUUCCUUUCAAAGCUCAAAGAGAAUAUUUUUAAUGUCCUCUUUAAAACAGACUCAGAGGGAGUCAGCUAUGCAUCUCUUGGGAGGAAAUUCCGCAGGGUACAUUUUUGUGUAUUUAUAAAUUGCAUUUUAACAAAGUUAUACAACUCAAUGCACAGCAACACAAAAUGUUAGAGUAACCAGUAUACCAGUUAAAAGUCCAACAAUAAAAGCAAGAUUAAACUAUAAUGAUGUGCGCGCUUUAGCAAAAUAUGAACACUAUGGGCUCUUCUUAAAAUGAAUACUUUUUGAGCGGGGGACAGGUUGGGGCUGUCAUGCCCCACACAUGUGGUGCUGUCAUUGAGUACACUUUGGCCCAAAGGUUGCCAGACUCUACCUCCGGAAAAGACAGUGUAGCACAACUUCCAUAGUGAGGAGAAGCAUCCUCUGCCAUGUUCUGUAACAUGCUUGGAGGAGGGGCCUGUAAGAUAUGUCCAAAAGACAUGGGUUGAAGAGCAAAUUGAAUAUUGCAAGUCAAGAAACAAGCCAAAAUGAGAAUCCAUCAAAAGCAGGCAAGGGAGAUGGCGUGUAAAAGGGGAAAGGGGGCAUCACAUCAUAAACUCACUUUUGGCUCUGGUUCUGCUCCUCAUGGGCUCUGUUACCACCCCCAGUUGGUUCUGGCCCAAUGGACUUUUCCCAUGAGGGAAGCAUGCUUUCAUAGAAAAGAUUCUGUACCCCUAUUAUGAAGAAUAGUGUUCUGGUGGUAUGAUUGUAGAGUGGGCUAAAAUGUGGUUUUGGAGAUAGUGUUGACUAAAUCCUUUUCCUUAUCGUAUUUCUUAUUUUCUUGAUUUCUCGUUUCACUGAUCUUCUCUCUAUUAUUGCAGGUAUAGUGAGUGUAGUUGGUUAAUAUAUGCUUGUAUCAUUCUGGUUAUUUAUAAUGUCUUCUUUCCAUACCUGCAUACACAUGCACCACCCACUGAAUUUAAUAAGAAACUAGGCACCAUUUCAGAAAUUGGAAUUCAAGGCAGAUUCACAAGGAACUUUCAGAAGAGGAUCAUAUCAUAGUGAUUUAUGCAAAUUAAUAUGCAGAUUAGGGCCAGUCUUCAUUAAUGGCAGCUUAUGAAGUUUUCAUUUAAAAGAGAUUAAUCUAAGCCAUUCACAAUCCCUGAACAAUCCUGUCACGAAGAAACAAUUCUUGGCAGAUCUUUGCAAAGAUUAACGAGUGCUUUUGAACCCCUUUUGAAAUGGAACCUUCAAAGUUAAAAAUGAGCAACCGGGAAAGCAAGAAACUUGGGCUGGCCUUAGUCCUUCCCCAAAAGACAAAAUUCUGCUCCAAGAAGGCUUAAAUUUAGUGCUGUGCACCAUUGUACUUGCUGCAGUGACUCUCUAGUUGUUAAAGAAGGUAAAGCGGAAGCCAAAUCAGAGAGAACGGUUGCUGCUGCUAUGAGAAGUUACGCUCUCUCCUCACUCAGAUCUACGCAGGAACUUGCACGUGUAGCUGAUGGAUGCGGAGAUGCCAAGAUCUUGGGGAAAGACAUUGUGUGCCCAUGGCAUGUUACGCUUAGUUCUAGAGUAAUGGGGGAAAGUAGCUCGAGAACAUCAACAAAGCUUUAGCUUGCAGCAAAAACAAUUUUAUUCUGCCACAGGGAUUUGGGAAAGAAAACAUGGAUUUGUAUACCACACCCUAGUGUUGGACUAAGGGACUGUUCCUAGUAAGAGUGUGAGGUGAGAGAAGACAGGGAAGAAGGCACUUUGAUGUGUGGUGCUGUGUGAAGGUAGUUUUGCUUGAUUUGCAGCUACUUAUUUGUCUUCAUUCCCUAAUGGAAGGCAAAUGAUUUGCUAGCAGGCAAGCCCUGGUCUGUAAAUCAUUAGCCUCUUCAUUUGAUCUGUCCAAUUGGCUGCUCAGACCUCGAGACUUCCCCAGGAGAGCAACAAGCCCGUACUGCAGUGGCCAGAUGCUGAGACGGGGUGGCAGGCAAAGUUCCUGGGAGACAGGUGCACCGUGGUCAGAUAAGAGCUCGGGCCAUGGUCUCUGCCUUGAAACGCUUGCUUUGCGUCCACCGAGCCUGCUGGUGGGCCUCCUCUCACGCUGCCGGUGAAGCACCUUCUCCCAACAUGGCCCUCAAGGAGCACGGGCUCCAGUGCUUCCGCAGUGCUGUUGGCACAGUCCUGCCAGGGCCCAUGCUGAGAAGAGCCCUGAUACUGGAGACCGCUGGGAGCCCCAGGCUCAUAGUGCAGGGCCGGCCUUUUGAAAUCAAGGGGAACUUGUAUCUGGUUGGCUUUGGCAAGGCUGUUCUGGGCAUGGCAGCUGUGGCAGAAGACAUCCUGGGAGACUACCUCGUCCGAGGAGUAGUAAGUGUUCCUCAAGGUAUCCAGGACACUCUACGGCACACAGGGAUGAGAGAGAUGUUAUUGAAGCCCCGGAGCCGCAUCCAGGUCAUGGAAGGCGCUAAGCACAAUCUUCCAGACCAAGAAGCUCUGAAAGCGGCCAGCACCAUCCGGGAGCUGGCCGAGGGCCUGACAGCAGAUGACCUUCUGCUGGUGCUGAUCUCAGGAGGGGGAUCGGCACUUCUGCCCGCACCAAUCCCUCCAGUCACCCUUGAAGAGAAGGGAACCAUCACCCGGCUACUUGCUUCAAAAGGAGCCACCAUCCAAGAGCUGAACACCGUCCGCAAGGCGCUCUCCUUGUUAAAAGGCGGGGGUCUGGCACGAGCAGCCUAUCCUGCACAGGUGUUAGGCCUUGUCCUCUCUGAUGUCAUUGGGAAUCCACUGGAUAUAAUAGCCAGUGGCCCCACUGUGGCUAGUUCUUGCAGUACCCAGGACUGCCUUCGUAUAUUGGCAAAAUACAAAAUGCUGGAAGACUUGCCAGAAUCUGUGCAGACAGUGCUGUCCCGUUCUGCCGUGGAGCACAGCAUGCCCGAAGACUGCCCCCGUGCUUACAAUGUUGUCAUUGGCUCCAACAGAUUAGCUUUAGAGGGGGCCAAACAGCAGGCAGAAGAUCUGGGAUAUCUGACUGUGCUUCUGACUGAUGCCAUGUGUGGGGAGGUCAGCACCGUUGCCCACUUCUACAGCCUGUUAAUUCAGCUUGUUUGCUUGGAGACCAGGAGAAUUUCUGGGAAUUUCCCGGCGAAGGGCAAGGUAAAAGGAGCAGUCUUGAACCUUGCCACAGAGCUGGAGAUCACAGGCUUGGACCUCUCAGAUGCUUUGAAGCCUUUGCAAGAAUUGCAAGGUGAAAACCCCAUUUGUCUUUUGGCAGGUGGAGAAACCACUGUGCAGCUUCAGGGAAAUGGGAAGGGGGGAAGGAAUCAGGAAUUAGCUCUGCGAGUGGCCUUGGAGCUGCAUAGGGUGAAAUCCACUUCAGAUGGCAGCUUUCUUGAGAAACAUGAGGUCGUUUUCUUGAGUGGUGGAACGGAUGGGCAGGAUGGGCCCACAGAAGCUGCUGGGGCCCUCUGCAGCCUGGGAAUGGUGGACAAAGCUGAGCAGGAAGGUUACAAGCUGGAGGCCUUUCUGAGGAACAAUGAUUCCUACACGUUCUUCACCAAGUUCCAAAAUGGGCGUCAUCUUCUGAUGACAGGCCUGACAGGCACAAAUGUCAUGGAUAUUCAUGUUGUUUUAAUCAGAGCCAAAGGAUGUGUGUGAUGUGCCAAGCAUCCAGCUGGGGCAACAGCAACACCUCGGAUUCUCCAGGAGGCCUGUUUGUUGUGUAUGCAUGAAAGGGUUUCCUCCUGUGUCACUCCCAAACUGUGAAUGCACGUCCACAAAACUAUGAUUCCUCCCCUCCAUUCUCCUGGUUUUUAGAAAUGGGAUAAAAAUGCCUAGUUUUGAUUUAGCUCUGUAAAGAGUAUAGCAUUAAUAUUUUGCUGUGUUUAAUGGUUUUAAUUGUUUUAAGUUUUAAAUUUUUAUACAAUGCAUUGAUGGCUUUUUAGCAAAUAAGUUGGUAAAUCUUAUUAAAGACUAUAAAUUAGCA